AAAUUGAAAUUUCCCUUGUUUUAUUAUAGGUAGUAGGCAGGGACGGGAAUGAUAAAGUGGCGCGGCCUUUGAAUAGUAUAAAAGCUUAACUGUCGUCACACUACACUACUACUGGUCUGGUCAUUUCGAAAUUGGUACUGUACAGAGAAGGAAAGGAAAUACGCUCAGAUGCUUUAGGGCAUGGCCAACUUGCCCAGUCUCCUUCACGAGCUCCGAGAACGCAUUGCUGCUUCUUCCUCCUCUCCUCCUUCCAAUGCAGACGAUGAAGCUGUCAAUGUUAGGUUCCGUGCGGUGCUUCCUUGUCUCUACGCCUAUGUUGUUCCCUCACCCUCGGCCGAGAAAGAAGUGAUAGCUAUUUUGAAGCUCAUUACCCAAAUUGCCAAGAUUUUUCCCGGAGUCUUUUAUCAUGGGAAGGCGAGCUCUAUUUUACCUGUUCUUGGUCGGAUUCUGCCUUUCUUAGCGGAACCCGCAUUUCGUUCUCGGCAUGGUGUAAUUUUUGAAACCGUGGGGUCACUUUUAUCUUUGCUUCGGACUGGAACACGAGAUGCUUACCGUCUUUUUUUUAUUGACGCCAUGUUGGUUGUUGAAGAUAUUUUCUAUCUAGCAUCAUUCUGCGCUGACCAUGCAAGCACUUCAGAACCCACUAGAUUAACUUUAAGGUGUUUCAUUAAGUCAUUUGAUGAGAUUUCAAAUGAUCCAGCUCUUCUAGGAGAUAUUGCAGCAUGUAACAAACCAACAGAUGGCACUGGUAUUUUGAUUAACCUAUCAAACAAAGAAAGGUGGCAACCUUUUGCAAGUUGGAUGAUCAGGCUUCUUGCAAAAUGCAUUACAGAAGGAACUCUAUAUGUAGAAGGACUAUUUAAUGUAUCAUUUGUAAUGGCUGCAUGCUCUUUGUUAUGUUAUGGAGAUGCAGAGUUGCAUGUGGCAUGUUUUGACUUGGCAAGCAUCAUUGCUUCAGCAGUAAAUUUUGACAUUCUUCCUCAUCAGAAUAUAAUUCAAUCGAUAUCCACUAUAUUAAGUGAGGACAAAGAGGGGCUUCCUGUGUAUAGAAACAUGGUUUAUGAUUCGUCAUUGGGUGGUUGCCUGAAUGCAUUACACUCUAGUUGCUCUGAUGUUAUUGUUAAGUUAACAGCUGCUGAUUUAGUAAAUGUGUUUCCUCAAUCAAUAAGGAGAACCAAAAGCCAGGAGCUUAAGGUUGCAAUGUGCACUGCAUAUAUUCGCAUUGCAAAAACUUGUCCUCCUCAUAUAUGGAAGCCUGAGUCACUUCUUUACACACUUUCUCUUCCAGAACCAUGCUUCUCCCUUAUAGACUGCCUUCAAGUAGCUCUUUCCAUACUUGGUCCUGAUCGUGUUGGAGGAAAAGUGACUAGUUGUAGAAAUCUAGAUUUUUCACUAUCAAGUGACAAAUCUGCUGGAAACACAAGGGUUGGGGAAAAGAGACACAUUCACGAUAAUAAGGCUUUCCAGACCAAACGGCAGAAGUUGGAUGGGGAAAUUAUAGCUUCUGAUGACAGUAAUCAGAUGGUGCAAAAACAUGCAUUUGUUGUUGCUUGUGAAAGAGAAGACUAUGCACAUAAUAUGCAUUCUUCACUUCUUUCUUUACUUAAAUCUUUAAAAUCUCCAGCUGUCAGUGCAAGUUCUUUAAAACCACAUCUAGCUUUAACAGCUCUUAGCAUGCUUUGCAUCACCUUCUGUAGAUAUCCACAGACCAAUGUGGCACUUAUAAUCUUUCAGGAGAUGUAUUCAUGGAUACCCUGGAUACUGGAACAGGCAAACCAAGAUAGUUCAACUUCAAUCAUGCCGGAUUUUUCUAUUUAUCUUGAAGGAAUUCACUGCAUAUUGCUUCUGCAAAGUCCGGUUUUGGGGGAAAGCAAGAUAUUUGGAAAUCAGGGUUUUAAUGAAGACCUUGUACGCUUACUGAUUAAACUUCCUUGGACUCAUUCCGUCAUUGGUAGCGAGCCUAAUAACAUGAGGAAAACAAAAUGCCUCUCCGUUCAAAUUGCAAGCAAACUUGCUAAUAGCAGAAGUGAAUCUGAUCUGGAAGUGCUUGAUUUGGGCCUACAUGAUGAAGAUGAAGAAGUUAGAAUUGAGGCAGUAAUGUCAAUACCAGUUAUUGCUAUGUGGUCUGGUCCUCAGAUACUAUCACAUACAUUUAGAAGGCUGGAAUUCAUAGAAGGAGAAAAACAUGACAAGGUUAAAAAUGUUAUUCCAUUUUCUCUUGGUUACUUAUCAUGCCUUCAUGGUUCUUGUAACACUGGAGAUGGUGUGGAUAAAAGUAAAUUCAAAUUAUUCGUGAAUACAACAAAUGAAAAACAGUGUCAAACACUAGGUUAUCUAUUGCAAGGAUUUUUGUGUUCGAAGUGUGACAAAAAAAAUAAAUGCAAGAACGAAUUGUAUUCGAAAGGUGUGAAUAUGCUUGAUAUGCACUGCUGGGAAAUCGGUACAGAUUGUGAUUUCAGCCUCCUAAGGAAUUUGUUUUUUGAACUUCUUUACAAUGAGUCAUCUGAAGAGGUUCAAGUUUCUUGUGUAAAAAAUAUUCGUAGGAUCAUAAUACAUGAAACCGCUGCUGAUCUCACCGAAACAGGAUCAAGAUGGAUUAGAUGUGUUAGUUUUUUGCUUCUUAACAAAAAGAAGGCUAUAAGAGAAGCAUUUUGCAGUCAAAUUAGCUCAUUCCUUGAAGAUACUGUUUUGAGUUGUUUAUUUCCUGAUGAGAACACACCACAGAAAAGUAAAGAACAAAAAUUUACAGAUAUAAUCAAACAUGCACUGGCAGCUGCUGAAGACCCCCAAAUAUUUGAGACCCUUUUGGAAACAACUGCAGAAAUUAUUGUUGCUGUGGAUAUAUACAAUCAGCUCUUUUUGUUUUCUCUAAUCUUAUUGAUUGAUCAGCUUGAUAAUUUUCACGUGACAGUAAGAAUGAAUGCAUCAAGGCUAAUACACAAAUCUUGCUUGUUCCAUCUUAGAGGAGGUAUUGAGUUAAUUAUCUCAAAAGUGGUUCAUGUUCGAAAUGAACUUUUUAAUUAUUUGUCAGCAAGGCUUUCCAGCCAUCCGGUAAUGAUCAGAGAGUUUGCAGAAGCAGUUCUAGGUGUUGAAACUGAAAAACUUGUCACGAGAAUGGUUCCUGUUGUCCUUCCAAAACUCAUUGUGUCUCAGCAGGAUGAUGAUCAAGCAGUUGAUGUGUUAAAUGAGUUGGCUAAGUGUUUGAACACUGAUAUGGCAACUUUGAUAGUUCAUUGGCUACAUAAAGUGCUAGCUUUUGCUUUUCAUCGUGCAGAUGGCCAAGAGUUGCUAUCUGUUUUGCAAUUUUACCAAGCCCAGACUGGUUCCGACAAGCAAGAACUUUUUGCAGCUGCAUUACCGGGGCUUUUAGAUGAACUUGUAUGUUUUUUAGAUGGAACUGAUGCAGAUGAAAUAAGCAGAAGGUUAGCAAGAGUACCUGAGAUUAUAAAAGAAAUUGCUAGGGUUCUAAUUGGCGGUGAAGAUCUUCCAAGCUUUUUGAGGCACCAUUUUGUUGGGCUCCUUAAGAGUAUUGAUAUAAAGAUGCUCCACUCAAACGAUUAUUCACUGCAGAAACAAGCCUUACAACGUAUUAAGAUGCUGAUUAAGAUGAUGGGUUCUCAAAUUGGUACCUAUGUGCCAAAACUGAUGGUUCUUCUUAUGCAUGCUAUUAAUACAGAACCACUGCAGAGUGAGGGUCUCAACUUGUUGCAUUUUUUCAUCAAGCAAUUGGCUGAACUGUCACCAUCUAGCACAAAAUAUGUAGUUUCUCAAGUCUUUGCUGCUCUGAUUCCCUUCACAGAGAGAGACAAUGAAAAUCCAACAAAACAUCUAGAGAAAGUCGGAAAAAUAUUAGAAGACCUUGUGUUGAACAACAAAGUUAUUUUAAAGCAAUAUCUUUGUGAGUUCCCCAUAUUGCCUAAUUUUCCAGCUCUAUCAGAAGUCAAUAAAGUUCUACAAGAAGCCCGUGGGUCAAUGACUUUGAAUGAUCAAUUGCGAGAUGUUGUUGAUGGUCUGAAUCAUGAGAACGUAAAUGUGAAAUAUAUGGUAGUUUGUGAGUUGAGAAAGUUAUUAAAUCUGAGAAGAGAAGAGGUUACAGGUUUAAUAACUGCUGAAGGUGGCAGAAACAUGGAUACUUUGAGCUCUUUGAUCACAUCUUUAUUGAGAGGUUGUGCAGAAGAAUCACAUACAGCAGUUGGACAACGUCUGAAGUUGGUCUGUGCUGAUUGUCUCGGAGCAUUGGGUGCAGUUGACCCAGCAAAGGUGAAGGGUUUUUCAUGCCAACGUUUUAAAAUUGAAUGUUCUGAUGAUGACCUUAUAUAUGAGUUGAUUCACAAGCAUCUCGCUAGAGCUUUUAGAGCUGCACCUAACACUAGUAUUCAAGACUCAGCUGCAUUAGCAAUGCAAGAGCUGCUAAAGAUUGCUGGUUGUGAGGCACCGAUGGAUGAGAAUGUUGUUGCUUCUAGGACUGAAUCACUGAAGGAGAAAUCUUUAGAGCAUGCUGGAGCAGGAACAAAAAAUAUUAUUGAUGGUAGCAUUCAGGUUAAGAGGGGUCAAAAAUUGUGGGACAGGUUUUCUAAUUAUGUGAAAGAAAUAAUAGCCCCUUGUCUAACCUCUAGAUUUCAACUUCCUAAUUUUGCCGAUUCUGCACUGGUUGGCCCAAUUUAUCAACCAUCUUUGUCAUUUAGAAAAUGGAUAUUCUUUUGGAUAAAAAAGUUGAUGGCACAUGCAACAGGUUCUCGCGCAAGGAUUUUUAAUGCAUGUCGAGGUAUAGUGCGUCAUGACAUGCAGACAGCGGUAUACCUACUGCCAUAUAUAGUUCUUAAUGUUGUUUGCCAUGGAACUGAGGAGGCACGACAUUGUGUAACAGAAGAAAUCCUAUGCGUUCUUGAUGCUGUAGUAUCAGAAAACAGUGGAGUUACUAUUCAUGGAGCGAAUGGUAGGCAAACUGAAGUUUGUGUACAAGCGGUGUUUACUCUUCUUGAUAAUCUUGGGCAAUGGGUGGAUGACGUUAAACAAGAUCUGGCCCUUUCCCCAUCUGCACGACCAUCCUCUUCAAAGCAACAAGCAUUAAAGCCAAAAGAUCAAUCUCAAACUUCAAUGAUGGAUCAUGACCAACUUAUAACACAAUGUAAACAUGUAUCAGAACUUUUGUCAGUAAUCCCAAAAGUAACACUUGCCAGGGCUUCCUUAAGAUGUCAGGCCUAUGCAAGGUCCUUAAUGUACUUUGAAUCUUAUGUAAGGGGGAAGUCAGGUUCUUUCAACCCUGCAGCUGAGAGAAGUGGAAUUUUUGAGGAUGAAGAUGUUUCUUACCUAAUGGAAUUAUACAGUUGUCUAGAUGAGGUUGAUGGUCUAUCUGGGUUGGCAUCUUUACGUAAAUCUUUGAUGCUACAAGACCAAAUUCUAAUAAACAAAAAGGCAGGAAACUGGGCAGAGGUCUUAACUUAUUGUGAACAAGCUUUGCAGAUGGAGCCUACUUCUGUACAAAGACAUUCUGAUGUUCUGAAUUGUUUACUCAAUGUGUGCCACCUUCAAGCCAUGGUUACUCAUGUUGAUGGUUUAAACUCAAGAAUUCCUCAGUACAAGAAAACAUGGUGCAUGCAAGGUGUGCAAGCAGCAUGGAGACUUGGCAGGUGGGACUUGAUGGAUGAAUUCCUUAAGGGAGCUAAUGAAGACAGUUUAACUUGUAGCAGCUCUGAGAGCAAUGCGUUAUUUGAGUUGGAUGUUGCCAAGAUUUUCCAGGCAAUGAUAAAGAAGGACCAGUUUUCAGUUGCUGAAAAGAUUGCACAAUCUAAGCUAGCAUUAAUUGCUUCUCUGGCAGCUGCAGGAAUGGAUUCCUACACACGGGCAUACCCAUUUGUUGUGAAACUUCACUUUCUUCGAGAGUUGGAGGACUUCCAAACUAUUCUUGCUAAUGAAUCCUUCUUGGAGAAGUCAUUUCAAGUAGGUGACAUGAGCUUCUCUAAGAUGAUGGAGAACUGGGAAAAUCGCCUUCGAUUUACACAGCCGUCACUAUGGACAAGGGAGCCUCUUUUAGCUUUUCGAAGAAUGGUUUUCGGUACCAGUGGUCUUGGUGCUCAAGUAGGUAAUUGUUGGCUUCAAUAUGCAAAGCUUUGUCGCACAGCUGGUCAUUAUGAAACGGCCAAUCGAGCCAUCCUUGAAGCCCAAGCUUCAGGUGCUCCUAAUGUACACAUGGAGAAGGCUAAGCUUUUGUGGAAUACCAGGAGAUCUGAUGGUGCCAUAGCUGAGUUGCAACAAUCACUCCUGAAUAUGUCUGUGGAAGUUGUAGGAUCUGCAGCAAUAUCAUCCAUUAGUAGUCUGUCCGUGGUUCCACUAAACUCUGCACCUUUAGUUUGUGAUACCCAAUGUUCGAGUGAGAGUCGUGAUAUUGCAAAAACUCUCCUCCUAUAUGCUAGAUGGAUUCAUUACACUGGGCAGAAACAGAAAGAAGAAGUAAUUAUUUUUUACUCUAGGGUAAAGGAAUUACAGCCCAAGUGGGAGAAAGGAUUCUUCUACAUGGCCAAGUAUUGUGAUGAAGUGCUUGCUGAUGCCAGGAAGCGUCAGGAAGAAAAUUCUGAUUUAGGUCAUGGGAAGAUACCAUCAAGUACUGCUGGUUCAUCGAAUUCAGCUAAUGAAAAGCGCUGGUGGUCUUAUGUGCCUGAUGUGCUUUUAUUCUAUGCCAAGGGGCUUCACAGGGGGCAUAAGAAUCUCUUUCAGGCACUUCCAAGGUUGUUAACCCUAUGGUUUGAUUUUGGAAGUUUUUACCAAAGAACCAAUUCAUCUUCUAAUAAGGAUAUCAAAAGCGUUCACGGAAAGGUAAUGAGUAUAAUGAGAGGUUGUUUAAAGGAUUUGCCAACGUAUCAGUGGUUAACUGUACUGCCUCAAUUGGUUUCUAGAAUUUGUCAUCAGAAUGAGGAAGUUGUUCGAUUGGUGAAACACAUAAUCACCUCAGUUCUUCGACAGUACCCACAACAAGCACUGUGGGUUAUGGCAGCAGUUUCAAAGUCCACUGUUCCUUCUAGGAAGGAGGCAGCUGCAGAAAUCAUACAAUCUGCACGGAAGGGAUUUAGCCAGGGUAAUAGUGGCAACAAUUUGUUUAUUCAGUUCGCUAGCAUGGUAGAUCACUUGAUUAAGUUGUGCUUUCAUGCUGGUCAACCUAAAUCAAGGACAAUUAACAUCUCAAUUGAGUUUAGUUCUCUGAAGAGGAUGAUGCCACUAGGAAUUAUUAUGCCAAUUCAACAAUCUCUUACAGUUAAUCUUCCGACUUGUGAUGGGAAUCUGAGUGAUUCACUUACCUCUGAUAUCUUUUCUGUGACUGAUCUUCCAACAAUAGCAGGGAUAGCAGAUGAGGCUGAGAUUCUUUCAUCUCUUCAACGACCUAAGAAAAUUAUUCUACUGGGCAGUGACGGCAUGGAACGCCCAUUCCUCUGCAAACCAAAAGAUGAUCUCCGGAAGGACGCCCGCAUGAUGGAGUUCACUGCAAUGAUAAAUCGUUUGUUGUCAAAAUACCCAGAAAGCCGUCGAAGGAAGCUCUACAUUCGCACCUUUGCUGUGAUACCUUUGACAGAGGAUUGUGGCAUGGUAGAGUGGGUGCCUCAUACUCGUGGACUUAGGCAUAUACUGCAAGACAUUUAUAUUACCUGUGGGAAAUUUGACAAGCUAAAGACAAAUCCUCAGAUUAAACGGAUAUAUGAUCAGUGCCAUGGUAAAAUGCCUGAAGAUGAGAUGCUGAAAAAUAAAAUUCUUCCGAUGUUCCCUCCAGUUUUUCAUAAAUGGUUUUUGACAACUUUUUCUGAGCCAGCUGCUUGGUUUAGAGCAAGGAUUGCUUAUGCACACACUACUGCUGUGUGGUCAAUGGUUGGGCACAUUGUGGGACUUGGUGAUAGGCAUGGUGAAAACAUUCUUUUUGAUUCUACUACCGGUGACUGUGUUCAUGUUGAUUUCAGUUGUUUAUUUGACAAGGGCUUGCAGUUGGAGAAGCCAGAGCUGGUUCCAUUCAGGCUAACUCAGAACAUGAUUGAUGGCUUGGGAAUCACUGGUUAUGAAGGAAUCUUCUUGAGAGUGUGUGAAAUCACACUUUCAGUUCUCAGGAUGCAUAGGGAAACUUUGAUGAGUGUGCUUGAAACCUUCAUUCAUGAUCCUCUUGUGGAGUGGACAAAAUCUCACAAGUCCAGUGGGGUGGAAGUUCAAAAUCCACACGCACAGCGUGCCAUCAGUAACAUUGAAGCAAGGUUGCGAGGAGUUGUGGUUGGAGUUGGUGCAGCUCCAUCAUUGCCUCUUGCUGUUGAAGGCCAGGCUCGUCGGUUGAUUACUGAAGCAAUCUCACACAAAAAUCUUGGCAAGAUGUAUAUAUGGUGGAUGCCAUGGUUUUGAAACUGUGUAAGGGGACUGGGGACACAUCCCAUGUUAUUGAGGCUUCUACAAGUAUCUCCAGCUAUUACUAUGGAUUUUCUGGUUUGAGCUUGCCUUUUUCACUGAAAAUCAAGGUGGAACCGUGAAAGAUUGUAUAAAAUAUUACAAUAAGGUGACAGUCUUCCAGAUAUCUAAGUUAGGAGAGAAUAACCAAAAGGAUUCCCUACUUUCUGGAUCAACACAACCAAUCUUUCACACUUUUCCCUUUGGCAAUUAAACAACCGGCAUUCUUUCUAUCAAUUCUCAUGGGACUCUUCAUCCGAACCAUCAUCUCUUUGAUCAUGGUUUUCACUGGAGAAACACCUCUUACAUUGCUAUGCUUUCCUGAUCCACAGACAACUACAACCUCAGCUGGUACAACAGGUUUGCCAUCAUUGUUUAAACUGAAUCUGCUUCGCAUCUCCUCUAUCCACUGUAACAUUAUGAAGUAAGCUGAGCCCAGAUGCAUUCCAUGCAAAUCCAAUUUCACCUCCAUAGAAUCCCACACCAUGGCCUCCUCCAAAACCUGUGACCCCUCUAACUCCUUAACCAGCAGAGCCUCGUCACCUUUCAAAGUCCCAUGUAGCUCAUCCAUGGAGAGUGGGAUAUUAUUUCUCAGGUCUUGUAGCAUUGCUGAAAUAGUCGGGCAUGCAUUCAAGACAGUAUUAUAUGUCCUGAUUGAGAAAGGAAUAGUAGAAGUUUUCAUUUUCUGAAGCCAUGAGACCAUCUGGGGAAGAUCAUUAUGGGCUCCAUACGAAGAAAGAACCAUGUUCGAACAUAUUGUGUCAAUCACCAACCCUUCAUCCUCCAUUUGGUGCACAAUUCUGAGCAUGUCACUCAACAAUCCUAUUCGUCCAUAGGCAUACAUGAGAGACCUAAACUCGAAAACAGAAGGUUUAAGACCAUUGCCUCUCAUCUCCUCCAUUAAGCUCUCCCCUUCACUGGGUCGAUCCAUCGUGCAUAAACCACUGACCAUUGACUCAAAGGCUCGGCGCUUGACAUAAACAGAGGAAGAGCUACAAAGAAGUUGAUACAGUUGAGUGUAGCAACUGUCAAAGCCAUGUGUGGAGCUUUGCUUAGAGUGUGACUCGACCAAGUUGCAGUAGAACAUAGCAAGUUCUCGGUGUCGAUCCAAUUUCGAAACAGCCUCCGAAAUCAGUGCUUCUGAUUCGUUGUAUCGGCCAUGUUUAUCAAGCAAUGCAGCCAGUGCUGCUACUAGCUUUGGGUUAAACUGGAACCAAGAUGCUUCUUUGAUCCUUGAAUACAGCUGCAUUCAAAUGAACUCGAUUAUAUAUUAUUUAGAAUAUAAUUCUGAAGCCGGACUAAGAGACAAAAAAAAAAUAUGAAGUACGUACUAGGAGGGAGUGAGAGGUGAGGUGGGGGUGAGUGGUAUCCGGAGAAAGGAGAUGAGAGAGAGCGUUCAGAGAUAUGGAUUUAGGUGAGGCUGCCACGAAUUUUCCGAUCAACUUGUGGGCGGCGGAGGAAUCCCCAGCUUUGACUGAGAGAGUGGAGAGGAAGCGGUGGCCUUGUUUCGUCAGUGCGCAUUGAAUAAACGAUGGUUGCGACGACAGUGGUUGAUGUUGGUGAUAAGCAAAAGCGAAUGGGGCUGGGAUUUGGGGAGAGCUUACAUGAAAACAUACUGUCAUUUGUGUUUGGUUUUCUCAGUCUCAGCUGAGGUUCGUCACUGCAGAUUGAUUGGCUUCUCGACCCUGCCACUGCCAGUCUCUACCGAUAUAUUUGUCGAUUGUUACUUUUUUAAUGGGCCUCUUGCAUUUUCUAUUGGCUGGGCUCAUCAAAAGCUAAGGCCCAAGCCCACUACCCUUGUAAUUGGAAUGCAUACCAACUUCUCCUCUUCCUUUCCUAUCUACGGUUUGAACUUUUACGUUUUAUUGUGAAGAUUUUAAGAUUACUAAUGAAGUCAUAUCUUCUGUUUGUUGUUUGGUGUUUAAAGUUGCAAAAUCUAAUAGUUUAUUGAGAAAUUAUAGUAAAAUGGCUAAAAAAUAUACUAAAUAAAUUUGUAGGGAAAUGAUCUUUACACUUUUUACAUAAAAUUGUCAUGGUUCUCAUCUUUUUAAUAAUAUUUAAUUUAUAUUUUUAGAAGCA